CCGACUUUUCACUAUCGAGUCACCGCCUUUUAAAAGAUUUCCCUGUUUUUUUCUUUUUUUUUUUUCCUUCCUCAUUCUUUUUUCUCUUUCCUUCAAAGACAAAAGAUCCGCCAUUGCAUCUCAUCCCACUGGGUGUGUCUACCUGAUCCCGUUCUCCAAAGUCGCCUCUGUCGACUCAAAAAAAGAGAGGCCCUUCCCCUUCACUCCACUCAUCCCACGUCUCCCGAUCAUCCUGAUCCUCAUCAUCUCUCUUUUUCACACUUCGCAAUCAUGACUGAGAAUCCUUACUUGUCUCUUAUCGCCAACCUCAACUCGUCCGAGUCGCCCGUCAUGUCCUCGCCCGAGGACUACUCGGCCGAGCUCUCGCUCUGGACCAACGCCGAGUUUACUUUCGACAUGCCUCCGGGUCUUGGUAUCUUUGAGCAGGACUCAGGAUUUGAUGCUCUCUCGUCCUUAAAUCAUCCCUCAACCCAGGGAUUGACUACUGUUCCUGCCUCCACAGUUGCCUCCCCUGUCGCUCCUGCAGUUGAGGCGUCCAAGCCAACUACGAACAAGCAGGUUGGACACAAUCCUCAAUCUGCCUUGGAUCAGCAGCACUUGAUGGAGUACUUGAACCUGCCUCAGGAAGAGUCUCGCCCACUGUCCCUCUUGGAGCGCACUCGCCAGCGUAAUCCUCUCAGCACUGAAAAGGCCACGAGCCUGCCAGAGCUCCAGGAGCAAGCCGCUGCCAUCAAUGCUUUCCAUUCCCUAUUGGCCGCCUACUCGGCUUCGGCUCAGGUGCAACAGCAACAGCAGCUUCAGCAACCGCAAUCUGUUCAGCAGCAGCAGCAGCAACCCCAGCGUUUGUCUGGUCUUCCUCUGCUCCUGCCCAACAUUGCCCCUGCCACGGCGCCCACUACGCCCGCAGCUGCAAAGCUUUUGCGCCAGCCAAUGCCUCAGUUCAAGGCGGCCACACCCCUGACCAAGAAGCAGCAAAAGGCCCUUCAGCCCUCGGCUGCCAUUGCCCCUGCUGCCACCUUGGUUGCCCUCGCCCCUAAGAGCCCUACCACAGCCAAUGCCAGUGCCAUUGCUGCCGCUGCUACCGCCGCCAGCACCGCCGCCGCCACUGCGGCCAAGAGCGCAUCCCUCACCGUUCCUACCUUGUUAUCAGAAGACAAGGACAAUGACGCCGAGAAUAAUAAGGAGUACGAGAAAUCGGCUGCUGAUUCGUUUUCGAAGGAUGAUCCCGAGUAUCUGCAGAAGGUCGCUGCGGAAGAGGAUAAGAGACGUCGCAACACGGCAGCGUCGGCACGUUUCCGCUACAAGAAGAAGCUAAGGGAGCAGGCCCUGGAGCAGACUGCUAAGGAGCAGACCCUGCGUGCCGAGACAUUGGAGGCCCGCGUCAAAGAGUUGGAGAUGGAGGUCAAAUGGUUGCGGGGGCUGAUUGUAGAGAAGGACUCGCGUCUUCACGAGGUCUCUGCCAGUCUUGAUGAUCAGGCUAGCAAACGUAUCAAACUCGACGUCUAUUAAAAUCCGCGAGGGAGGGAACACGAGGAGGAAGGAGAUGGCUAGAAAUGCUCGUUUAGUUCCACUCACUUGGUCAUUUUGUUAUUAUUUCCUUUGCAUUAAUCCACCAUUCUUUUUGUCAUUUUCUUAUUGUUAAGCUGUUAUGUCCGCAUCCAUGGAUUUUCAGAUAGCCCAUAGACGGCUGCGGACAAAACUCUUGUGAAUUAAAAAAAAUCACUGGUGCCUCUCGUUGCUGCGUUAGCGAUAGGACAAUGUUACUUGCACCAUCUGUAAAUGUCGUCUGUUCAUGAGUGACAGGGCCGCGAUAGAUGUGAGCCUUGAAAACGUA